CGUACCGCUCCUGUUUGUUUUCCUGAAACACCUGCCGACAAAUAACUUCAAAUAUCACAAACACCAGCUCAUUUACAGGAAGGUUUUGAUGUUUUCUCGCUGGAGGAUUCUUUAGUUUUGGUCUCAGCAGGUGGGAAUGGCGUCACUCUCAGGUUUGUCUCGUCUGAGCUGAGGCUGAGACUCUUUCCAACAUGUCAAAGCUCCAGAGUCUGCUGCCGGUUUGGGUUCUGCUGCUCGGUUCCUGGACGGCAGACGGAGCUCAGAACAGAUCGGAGGUCAGUUUUCCCUCCAGCAGAGACGUCGUGGCGAAGGAAGGGUCCAGCGUCGUCAUCGAAUGCAACGUAACCGACGGCAACCAGGAAGUGAAAUGGUUUAAUCCUAAAGGAGCUCUGCUGGCCCACGACGCAGGUGGGAAGUGGCGGCUUGAAGAAGCCGACCUGAACAUCACCGUGGUUUCCUUCGAUGACCGCGGCCGCUACACCUGCGUCGCCGGCGGUGCCAGAAACUACACGGUGACCCUCCGAGUGGCCUACACCGACAGUGGCCUGGGGCUUUACUACGUCGUCGUGUGCCUGGUGGCCUUCACCAUCACCAUGAUCCUCAACGUGGCCCGGCUCUUCAUGGUCAGCAGCCACCUGAAGAAGACGGAGAGUGCCAUCAACGAGUUCUUCCGAACCGAGGGCGCCGAGAAGCUGCAGAAGGCCUUCGAGGUCGCCAAGCGAAUCCCCAUCAUCACCUCGGCCAAGACGCUGGAGCUCGCCAAGGUCACGCAGUUUAAGACCAUGGAGUUCGCCCGGCACAUGGAGGAGCUGGCUCGGAGCGUCCCGCUGCCGCCGCUCAUCCUCAACUGCAGGACGUCCACCGAGGAAAACCCAGCGUCCGACCCGGUGGAGGCAGAAAACAUUCAGGCGAUCUGUCCACCAAGUUCUGACAAGAAGGAGGAGGAAGAGGAGGUGUUGAUGUCAAAAGAAAGACGAGGAAACGAUGGUGGCAGUAUCGACGUCAAAGUGUCAGUUCACACAGUUUCUGAGGAGAACAUUGGUGAGGAUAAAAUGAAUCUUGAUGUCCUCAAACCAGGUUCAAGAACAAGUGUUUCGUACGAGAGCAACAUAUAAUCUGUCUCAGUAACAGAAAGCGAGUUACAGAUGGAAUCUUUAGAAAACCAGGGGCUUUUUUAUCAUUUAGUAUAUAGAGCUUCUGACUUUGACGUUCUUGAAGAUAUUUGACCUUCGGGCUUCAGUUGUCCUUAUCCAUUAGUUAGAACUAAGUGCAUUGAUGUCAAAGUCUCGGUUCGGGUGGUUUCUUAGGAGAACAUUGGUGAUAUUAAAGCAACCAAAAUGUGUUUCAAUGUCCUCAAACCACGUUCAAAUACAAGUGUUUCACGAAUAACGUAUAAUCUGUGUGAGUCCCAUCAGAGACACAAAGCAAGAUCAAGAAAUUACAAGAAAAUCAUAGAAGUUGGUCAUUACUUAGGAUUUAGAGAUUCUGACUGUAAUAGGAGCUUCAGUAGAAAACAACUGGACUUCUCUUUUAAGUUCCUGAAGACUUUUCCCUUCAUCCAGGAGGCCUCAAUCAUCCUCAGUCAGAAGGGAUUGUGUUGACAUCAAAGUGUCGGUUCAGACAGUUUCUGAGGAGAACAUUGGUGAGGUUCAGGAAACCAAAAGGUGUCUUGAUGUCCUCAAACCAAGUUCAAGAACAAAUUUGUCUUAGGUAGUUAGUUAUUGGUCAGGAAAUCGUUAGAAAAUCGUGAGGCUGGUUAUCGUUCAGAGUUUAGACUUCAGUUGAAAACAACUUUGUUAUUUCAGAUAACAGUCUUGCUUCACUGAUGAAGAUUUUGUCUGAAUUUGGAGAGUUUCAUAUGUUUUCAACCUGGGAGCGUUUAUAUUUUUACUCUCAAAAAACAACAUCUUAGAUGAGAAUCCAUCUUAAAGGUUCAAGAUCUCCAGAAAUAAAACUACCUUGAAAUCUGGGGACAUUUCACCUUCAUCCACAAGUCUCCAAUCAUCCCCAUCCGUUAGAACUGAAGAAGCUUCCCGAUAGAAGGUCUUCAAGAACCUAAAAGAGAAGUCCUGUUACUGUCUGUUGAAGUUUCUGGUUUAUAGUGACCCGGAUGAAUGAGAAUCUAAACAGAUUCUGCUCUUACUGAAUUGUUUCUCUGAAUCUUGUUUUAAAAAGUCUGACCACAUCUGUGUUUGUUCCAGUUUUCCUCGCUCCUUGACAUUUAUUUUCAUCUUCCUCAUGCCUGCAGUGGAUUCCAGUUUUUCAUAUUUAUUCUUUAGCAGUGAUGUUGAAGGAACUGCAUCAGGUCCAGGUUUACUUUCUAGAAUCAGAAAACUGUUUCUGAAAAACAGGAUUAAGAAGAACCCUGAGGAGACUGAAGAAGAUUCCACAGGACUUUUUGGUCAUAUUCUAACCAGGGACACUGCAUUUACAUGAUAGUUUGCUGACAGGCAAUGUAUUUUAUUCUUAUUGUUGUUACUAGUGCUAGUUUCCCUCUUUAGCCGAGUCUUUCUGAUUUAAGGGCUCAUUAUCCUCCUUCAGACGUCGUUUGCUGCUUUUCAUUCUGUUCACUUUGACAGUCAGUCUACAGAGCUGAACGCUGCAAUGAAACAUCCUUUUUAUCAGCGUGUUGAUUGUUUCCGUGUCAGCGCUUCUGUCAGUCAUUUAAAACUCACGGGAUGAAGUCAACUAAUCCCCAUAGCACUUUAUUAUCGUCUCCGUGUCGGCUUUUGUUGAUCAGGAUGGCGGUUAAUUGCAGGUUGGGUUUGGCUUUAGAGUGACAACAAAGGAAGUCUACAUUUAAAAUGAAGAAAUCUGAAAUGUUAGGCAGAAUUUUGGACAAAGCGACCAGAAAUCUACCUGCGACUUUCACCUCUGUGAGACGGUGACAUAACAGUGUGAUUAAAUUGACAUUAGAGCUCCACGGCAUGCCAUCCGUGAUGGAAAACGUCUGAAACUUUGUGCUCAUAAAUAUUCAGGUGCGAUCGAUCAUAUUUUGUUGGGUGGAGGUUGUCGAGAAUCAGGGACUUUCAUUUAUUAUGAUGAAGUUUGGUGUCUGUAUUUAUGGUGAUUCAUCUUGUUUUUUUGGCACAUUUAGCACGUAGACGCUCAUCACAAGUAGACUGUAACUUUAUGAGACUUGAACAAGUAUAGAAGACAACUAGUAACUCUCUAAUUUAUUGUUUUGUUGAGAGUUUUGCACAUAUAUGACUGUGAAUGCAUAGAUCGACCAUGUUCUAGGUAAAGUUGAAAUGUUUGCCAUAUUCUAGUAAAAACAGAGCAUAGAAAUGUGUAAAUUGUUUGACAGAAUCAGUUUGUAAUCUCUUUUAUAGCCUGAAAUUCAAAUUAGAGGCCAAACAAACCUUCAGAAACCUUCAUAUACAGCUUUUUUUUUAUUUUUUACUGUGUCUCAGUAGGAUGUCUAAGAAAACUGCGUCUAUAAGCUGCAAAAACUGUGACUUGAAACUUGAAAAUUACAGUUGAACAAGAGAUUUUUGGGACUGUUUUGUAUGUGCUGCAGAUACUUUAUGGAUUUCUGGGUGAAAUGGGUUCACAUUUAAAGGUGUCUGAAUAAUGAAAAGUGGAGCCAGGAAGAUCGUUUUUGUGGACUGAAAGCAGUGAAUUUCAGAUAAUAAACAAUAAACACGAUCAAACACGUGGAUUAUGUUGUAAACUUUGUUAUUUCUGAUCCCAGUGUUGCUCCUCUCUUUCAUAUUUUGUUCACAGUUUACUUCUUUGGUUUUUGGAUCUGAAAAAUAAGUUCUGUAAAACAUUUUGGCUGAAUUUUGAGAGUUUUAGUUGUCUUCAGACCUCAGAAUUUCUGCAUGUUCAUCCUCAUAAACACAUCUUACCUGAGACGAAAUUUUCAAGGUUCAAUAUCUCCAGAAAUCAAACUGACA